GAGGGGAGAUGAGGGUUGGGGAAACAUUCAGUGGGAGAGCAGGAUUUGAAUUCACUGACUGUCAUCCCUGUCGCCCCCCCUCCAGGUACAUGGUGCGGGUCCGAGCUGUGGUGAUGGCCCGAGAUGACUCCAGUGGGGGCUGGCUGCCUGUGGGGGGCGGGGGCCUCAGCCAGGUGAGCGUAUGUCGGGUCCGAGGGGCCAGGCCCGAGGGGGGGGCCCGCCAGGGGCACUACGUCAUCCACGGGGAGCGCCUCCGGGACCAGAAAACGACCUUGGAGUGUACCCUGAGGCCAGGCUUGGUGUACAACAAGGUGAACCCCAUCUUCCACCACUGGAGCCUGGGUGAAUGCAAGUUUGGGCUGACGUUUCAGAGUCCUGCAGAGGCCGAUGAGUUCCAGAAGAGCCUGCUGGCAGCGCUGGCCGCGCUGGGUCGAGGCUCACUCACCCCCUCCUCUUCCUCCUCCUCCUCCUCCCCUUCCCAGGACACCGCAGAGACCCCCUGCCCUCUGACGUCCCACGUGGACAGCGACUCCUCCUCCAGUCACAGCCGCCAGGAGACGCCUCCCGCCACCGCGGCCCCCAUCAUCACGAUGGAGUCUGCUUCUGGCUUCGGGCCGACCUCGUCCCCCCAGCGCCGCCGCUCCUCCGCUCAGAGCUACCCUCCGCUUCUACCGUUCACGGGGAUUCCGGAGCCCUCAGAGCCCCUGGCCGGGGCAGGGGGCCCGGGCUGGGGCGGCCGCGGCUAUGAGGAUUACCGGCGCUCUGGGCCGCCGGCGCCCCUCGCCCUGUCCACCUGCGUCGUGCGCUUCGCCAAGACCGGCGCGUUGAGGGGCGCAGCCCUGGGGCCCCCAGCGGCACUACCUGCCCCUCUGACCGAUGCUGCGCCUCCAGCGCCCCCGGCUCGCCCGCCCCCGGGCCCGGGCCCAGCCCCUGCGCCGGCCAAGGCCUCCCCGGAGGCGGAGGAGGCGGCGCGCUGCGUGCAUUGCCGCGCGCUGUUCCGCCGCCGCGCUGACGGGCGUGGUGGCCGCUGCGCGGAGGCCCCGGACCCGGGUCGCAUACUGGUGCGCCGUCUCAGCUGCCUGUGGUGCGCCGAGAGCUUGCUCUACCACUGCCUGUCGGACGCCGAGGGCGACUUCUCGGACCCCUGCGCCUGCGAGCCUGGCCACCCGCGCCCCGCCGCGCGCUGGGCCGCGCUGGCCGCGCUCUCCCUGGCCGUGCCCUGCCUCUGCUGCUACGCGCCCCUUCGCGCGUGCCACUGGGUCGCGGCGAGAUGCGGCUGCGCCGGCUGCGGGGGUCGCCACGAGGAGGCUGCACGGUGAGGACGGCCUGGCGGGUCCCGUAGCCGGACCGAGGACCCAAAAUGGAGGGUCCAGGACCCCGGACUCCAUUCGGACCUAAAACCCAA